CUCUUAUCAUUUGAUGCGAAGUUGCAACUAACAAAGAGAAACGUUUACCCUUCUCAUAUUUCAUUUUCAAAUCACCAAGAAGCUAGUGUUACUUCAAAGGAAAUCUUCUACCUUUCCUCUGAUCUUGCUGAAUAUUACUGAUCAUUUUAUCAACAGCUCUCCUUAGCUAGCUAGCACAGGCACACAAGGCUGUCGUCGUGGUCAUAAAUCUCGAAAACAAUUCCUCCAAGAAAUGCUUUAACUCAAGGAGUAGUACUAGUAACAAUUUGGAUUCUCAGUGUUCGAUCAGUGUAGCACUGUUUAUUUGGCACCCCUUGUUAUCCUUAGCAAACAUUUCGUAGUCAAGAUUCUUGCAAAACUCACAAAAGGGGCCAGCCAUGUCACAACAUUCCACAACCCCAUCUCGACACAGAGUCAAUUUUAAGACGCCAAAACCAGCCGAGGUUGCUAAUAAUGGGUCACCAGUACCAUCACCAGCCAACAAAACAAGAGCAAAAUCCGUGCCUCCAGAUGUGAAGAAAGACACCAAGGUAAGGAAGUCGCUGGUGGGGAACAACAAGCCAAAAUCUGGAGAGCUGGUUGUGGGAUCUCAGGAUGUAACAGUGGUGGGUCGCUCCGUGAACCGACCAGGUAGCGAGCAAUUUGCUAGGCCAAGGAGGCAAAGGCCUGUGUUGGAUCCUAUUAAUGCUAGUAGAAGAAAUGAAGAAGAGAGCUAUAAAAAGGGGUUGCACGAGAAACUUGAAUUGUCUGAGACUUUGAUUAACGAUUUGCAGUCUGAGGUUUUGGCUUUGAAGGUAGAAUUGGAUAAAGCGAAUGGCUUGAACCAAGAGCUCGAGUUGCAGAACAAGAAGCUCACUGAGGAUCUUGCUGCUGCUGAAGCUAAGGUUUCAGCUCUUAACACUCGUCACCAGUCGAAGGAGUCUGUUGGAGAGCACCAGAGGCCAAGAUUUAAGGACAUUCAGAAACUUAUUGCCAUCAAAUUGGAAAACUCACCAGUUAAGAAGGAAGCAAUCAAUGGACCAAGUAAAGUUAAAACCCCACAGUCACCACCACCACCACCAGUACCACGUUUCAUAUCCAAAGCUGAUGUUGCAGAAAGGAAGGCUCCAACUUGUCCAUCCUUGAUGCCACCUCCACCUCCACCACCCCUACCCCCAAUGCGGCCUCUAGCAAGAGCAACUACUGCUCCUAAAACUCCAGCAAUUGUAGAAUUCUAUAAUUCAAUAAGAAAGCAAGAGGGUAAGAGAGAUUCUCCAGGACUGCGGAGUCAGUAUAAACCAGAGAAAACUAGUGCACACAGCAGCAUAGUUGGAGAGAUCCAAAAUCGCUCCACACAUCUGUUAGCUAUAAAAGCGGACAUUGAAACAAAGGGUGAUUUCAUCAAUGGUCUUAUUCAGAAAGUGCUAGCUGCAGCUUAUACAGAUAUUGAGGAUGUCUUAAAAUUCGUGGAUUGGCUUGACGGUGAACUCUCAUCUUUGGCUGAUGAACGAGCUGUGUUAAAGCAUUUCAAGUGGCCGGAGAAGAAAGCAGAUGCAAUCAGAGAAGCGGCUAUAGAAUAUCGUGGCCUUAAACUAUUAGAAAGUGAGAUAUCUUCCUUUAAGGAUGAAUCUAAUAAUCCAUGUGGAACUGCCUUGAAAAAGAUGGCUGUCUUACAUGACAAGUCAGAGCGAAGCAUUCAAAAGCUGAUUAAACUUAGAAACUCCGUUAUGAACUCUUACCAGGCUUGGAAGAUUCCAACUGAUUGGAUGCUUGAUUCGGGAAUUGUAAGCAAGAUAAAGCAGGCUUCUAUGAGGCUGGCAAAGAUGUACAUGAAGAGAGUGAUAACAGAACUUGAAUUGGCCCGUAAUUCUGAGAGAGAAUGCAAUCAAGAAGCUCUCCUGCUUCAAGGUUUGCAUUUUGCAUAUAGGGCUCACCAGUUUGCUGGAUGUCUUGAUUCAGAAACAAUGUGUGCUUUUGAAGAGAUAAGACAGCGGGUUCCGGGACACCUAGGAGGAUCUCGAGAAUUACUAGCUGCCAUACCAUCAUCAUGAGAAGAUAGACAACACCUUUUGAAGCCAGCUUAGGUUUUUGUAAGAAUCAAUGGUUGAGCUCGAGCAUUUGUCUUCUUUCUUCCCUAUGCUAUGUUUAUCAAAAUAUCUUUAGCAGCUGGAAGCAAAACCCUGAUCAUCUGGUAGGAUAAAGAGAUGAAGAUUAUGCUUAUACGGAACUUGUGUGAUGAACUUUAAAUUGAGAAGAAAUUGUACCUUAUAUUAGGCAGAUAUUUGGAACAGAAAUGGUGGAUGAAUACACAAGCAACAAGAAAUAAAUUAGUGUAUAAUAUUAA